GUAGAAUACCUGUAUCAACUACAAAUUGCAAUAGUAAGCUUUUAGAUUGUCUUUUCUCUCACCUCGAAGACUCUACUACCCACUACUGCCUAUAUCAUAUCUACACGCUACUACUAAUACGCAAUUACUGCUAAUUCACUACUGAUCUGUAGCUAGCCAACCACAUAUUAAGACAACGUCCAAGUCAUGACUGCCUGGACUGUUCGUGAAUGGGUCCAGUUCCAUUACCAGGCCACUCCAAAUGAAUCCUAUGCCAAACUUUCAGACCUUUUGGCCCUGCAAUCAUCAGAUGACAAGGCUUGGAUCUCUCUCUCAUCUGAAGAAAAUCUCCAACAUCAAUGGAAAUUCCUUCAAUCGCGUGCUGAUAAGCGUAACCUCCCCCUUUAUGGUGUCCCAGUGGCCGUCAAGGAUAACAUAGACGCAAAGGGUUUCAACACUACUGCUGCUUGUCCUCUGUUUGAGUUCACCCCAAAGGAUGAUGCCACCACCGUCCGUCUUCUUCGUGAUGCUGGUGCUAUUGUGCUAGGAAAGACUAAUUUGGAUCAAUUUGCUACUGGAUUAGUUGGAACUCGUUCUCCUUAUGGUAUCACCCCAAACACUUUUUCUCCUGAUCAUGUUAGUGGAGGCUCAUCUGCUGGUUCCGCUUCUGUCGUAGCUCGUGGAAUUGUUCCAUUGGCAUUGGGAACAGACACUGCCGGCUCCGGUCGUGUUCCAGCUGGUUUGAACAACUUGAUUGGUUUGAAACCAACCAAGGGUGUUUUCUCAUGUGCUGGUGUGGUUCCUGCUUGUAAGUCAUUGGAUUGUGUUUCUGUUUUCGCUCUCAAUUUACAAGAUGCUCAAUUAGCAUUCAGUAUUUUGGCUAAACCAGAUGGUGAAAAUGACGAGUACUCGAGACCAUUACCUUCUAACCCACUUGUCAAGUUCCCUCGUAGCCCAGUGGUUGCUGUUCCUUCAAACUUGUUAUGGUAUGGAGAAGAAGAAAAUCCAAAACUUUUCAACAAGGCUGUUGAAAGUUUAUCUAAUAUUGGAUCUCAAAUGACCUCUAUUGACAUUGAACCACUCCUUGACCUUGCUAAAUGUCUUUACGAAGGUCCAUGGGUUGCUGAACGUUAUACUGCAGUUAAGAAGUUUCUCGCUACAAACCCACCAGCCCUGUCUUUGGAUCCUACUGUCAUUUCCAUCAUCAAGAGUGGUGAAAAAUUCUCCGCUGCAGAUGCUUUUGACUAUGAAUACAAGCGUCAAGGAAUUCUUCAAAAGGUUGAAUCUCUUCUUAAGGAUGUUGACGUUUUAGUUGUUCCAACUUCUCCACUUAACCCAACCAUUAAGUCCGUUCAAGAAGAACCAGUCAAGGUCAACUCUUGCCAAGGUACUUAUACCAACUUUGUCAACUUGGCUGACAUGUCUGCUUUGUCAAUUCCUGCCGGUUUCAGAUCAGAUGGUCUUCCAUUUGGUAUCACCUUGUUGAGUAAGAAGUUCAAUGAUUAUGCAUUGUUGGACUAUGCUCAUCGUUAUAUGAAAGAGUAUACCAAGUCUUCUCCACGUUUCCUUGGUUGUUUGAAGGACUACCCAGUUACCACCGGUGAUGAACUUUUGGCGCUGAUCCCAGCUCCAAACCCUGCCACAUCCGUCAAAUUAGCAGUUGUUGGUGCUCAUUUAUCCGGUAUGGCUCUCCAUUGGCAAUUGGAAAAGGUUAAUGCCACUUUUGUAGAGGCUACUACAACUUCAAAGUCGUAUAAAUUAUAUGCAUUGCCAAAGGUUGGUCCAAUUGCCAAACCUGGUCUUAGAAGAGUUGAAAGUGGCACUGGUUCUGCCAUUGCCAUUGAAACAUACCUGGUACCUACUGAGCACUUUGGUGCUUUUAUUUCUAUGGUCCCUGAACCUUUAGGAAUUGGUUCCGUUGAAUUGGAAUCUGGUGAAUGGGUUAAAUCCUUUAUUUGCGAAGAAUUUGGCUACAAGCAAAAGGGUACUAGAGAUAUUACCGAAUUUGGUGGUUGGAGAGCAUAUCAAGAGGUUGUUCGUAGAGAAGAAUCCCAAACUAAGGCCAAGAAGCCAUUUAAUACCGUUUUGGUCGCUAACCGUGGAGAAAUUGCUGUUAGAAUUAUGAAGACUUUGAAAAAGUUACACAUCAAGAGUGUAGCUGUUUACUCAGACCCUGACCAAUAUGCUGCUCAUGUUCUUUUGGCUGACGUUGCCAUCCCAUUGCACGGUGUCCUGGCUGCUGAAACCUACAUUUCUAUCGACAAAAUUAUCCUGGCUGCUAAGGAAAGUGGUGCUGAAGCCAUUAUUCCAGGUUAUGGUUUCCUUAGUGAAAAUGCUGACUUUUCAGACAGAUGUACUCAAGAAGGAAUUGUCUUUGUGGGUCCAUCUGGUGAUGCUAUCCGUAAGUUGGGAUUGAAGCAUUCUGCCAGAGAAAUUGCCGAAAAGGCUGGUGUCCCAUUGGUUCCUGGUUCAGGAUUGAUUAAGGAUGCUAAGGAAGCUAAGGAAGUUGCUGCCAAGUUGCUGUACCCAGUUAUGGUAAAGUCUACUGCUGGUGGUGGUGGUAUUGGUUUGCAAAAGGUUGAUUCUGAAGAAGACAUUGAACGUGUUUUCCAAACAGUUCAACAUCAAGGUAAGGCCUAUUUCGGUGACUCUGGUGUGUUUUUGGAAAGAUUCGUUGAGAAUGCUAGACACGUUGAAAUUCAAAUGUUUGGUGACGGUUUCGGUCGUGCUAUUGCCUUGGGAGAACGUGAUUGUUCUUUACAACGUCGUAACCAAAAGGUUAUUGAAGAAACUCCAGCUCCAAACUUGCCAGAGCUGACUAGACAAAAGAUGAGAAAGGCUUCUGAAUCCCUUGGUGCUCUGAUGAACUACAAGUGUGCUGGUACUGUUGAAUUUAUCUAUGAUGCCAACCGUGACGAGUUUUACUUUUUGGAAGUCAAUGCCCGUUUACAAGUUGAACAUCCAAUCACUGAAAUGGUAACUGGCUUAGACUUGGUUGAAUGGAUGUUGUAUAUUGCUGCUGAUAACGCUCCAGAUUUCAACCAAGAAAUCACCAUUACUGGUGCUUCCAUGGAAGCUAGACUCUACGCUGAAAACCCUGUUAAGGAUUUCAUGCCAAGUCCAGGUCAACUCACUGAAGUUAAAUUUCCAAAGUGGGCAAGAAUUGAUAGUUGGGUUGAAAAGGGUACUGUAAUUUCUGCUGAAUAUGACCCUACUUUGGCUAAGAUCAUCGUUCAUGGUAAGGACAGAGCUGAUGCUUUGCAAAAGUUACGUCAAGCUUUGAAUGAAACUGUCGUUUAUGGUUGUAUUACGAACGUUGACUAUUUAAGAUCUAUUGCUAACUCUGACAUGUUUGCUGAAGCUAGAGUUGCAACAAAGGUUUUGGACAGUUACGACUACAAGCCAACUGCUUUUGAAAUUUUGUCUCCAGGUGCUUACACUACCGUUCAAGAUUAUCCUGGUAGAAAGGGUUACUGGCAUAUAGGUGUCCCACCUUCAGGAUGUAUGGAUGAAUACUCUUUUAGAUUGGCCAACAGAAUUGUUGGUAAUGACAAAAAGGCUCCUGGACUUGAAAUUACCUUGACUGGGCCAAAGAUUUUGUUCCAUCAUGAUGCUAUUAUUGCUGUCACUGGUGGUGAGGUUCCUGUUGAUGUCAAUGGAGAGAAGGUAAACCAAUGGAAGCCAAUUCAUGUUAAGAGUGGUGACAAGUUGACAGUUGGAAAAUUGUCAAGUGGAUGUCGUGCUUACUUGGCCAUUAGAGGUGGUAUUGAUGUAACUGAAUACUUGGGAUCUAGAUCCACUUUUGCUUUGGGUAACUUGGGUGGUUACAAUGGUAGAGUUUUGAAGUUAGGUGACGUUUUAUUUUUGGGUCAACCAGAAAUUUCUAGUUGUUCCUUACCAUUGCCCGUUCUGGAGCCAAAGGCUAUAGAACAAUCUUUGAUUCCAAGUUAUGAAUUUAGUGGUGCUGGUAAGAAAUGGACUGUCGGUGUUACUUGUGGUCCACACGGUAGCCCUGAUUUCUUUAAAGAAGAAUCUACCAAGGAAUUCUUCUCUGAACAAUGGAAGGUUCACUACAAUUCUAACCGUUUUGGUAUUAGAUUGAUUGGUCCUAAGCCUCAAUGGGCUCGUGCCGAUGGUGGUGAAGCUGGGUUACAUCCUUCUAAUGCUCAUGAUUACGUCUAUUCUUUGGGUGCUAUUAACUUUACUGGUGAUGAACCUGUUAUUUUGACUUGUGAUGGUCCAUCAUUGGGUGGAUUUGUUUGUCAAGCUGUCGUUGCUGAAGCUGAAAUGUGGAAGAUUGGACAAGUUAAGCCUGGUGAUGCUAUUCAAUUUGUUCCAGUAACUUAUGCCACUGCCAAGCAAUUGAAGAAAGACCAAGAUACUGUCAUCGAAGAAAUGUCUGGAUCAUUACCAUCCAUUACAGAUGGUGGUGUUGGUAUCUUGACUGAAGUUGAAAACCCAGUCUUGGCUACUUUCAAGGCUUCUGAAAAGGCCCCAACUGUUUGCUACCGUCAAGCUGGUGAUCGUUACAUUUUGGUUGAAUAUGGUGAAAAUGUCCUUGACUUGAACCUUUCCUACAGAGUUCAUCGUUUGAUCGAAAUGGUUGAUCGUAACAAGACUGUUGGAAUUGUUGAGAUGUCUCGUGGUGUUAGAUCAGUUUUAAUUGAAUAUGAUGCCAAAAUUAGUCAAAAGGAUUUGUUGGACACUUUGAUUUCAUUUGAACGUGAAAUUGUGUUUGUCAACAAGUGGAAGGUGGAGUCAAAGAUUAUCAAGUUACCAAUGGCAUUUGAGGACAAGAAAACUUUGGAAGCAGUUAAGCGUUAUCAAGAAACUAUUCGUUCUGAUGCCCCUUGGUUACCAAACAAUGUUGACUUUGUGGCCAACAUUAACGGAAUUGAUCGUAAUGAUGUUCAAAGCAUGAUGUAUUCUGCUAGAUUUUUGGUUCUUGGAUUGGGUGAUGUGUUUUUAGGAGCUCCUUGUGCUGUUCCAUUAGACCCUCGUCACCGUUUGCUUGGAACUAAAUACAACCCAUCACGUACUUUCACACCAAAUGGUACUGUUGGUAUUGGUGGUAACUACAUGUGUAUCUAUACUAUGGAAUCACCAGGUGGAUACCAGUUGGUUGGUCGUACUAUUCCUAUCUGGGACAAGUUGUCAUUGGGACAACAUCUGAGCAAGAAGCCAUGGUUAUUGCUGCCAUUUGAUCAAGUUGAAUUCUACCCAGCUACCGAAGAAGAAGUUGAUAGAUUUUCCGAUGAAAUGAGUGCUGGUCAAUUCGAAGUUGAUAUUGUUGAAUCUGUUUUCGACCAUACUCAAUACUUGGAAUGGGUUCAAGAAAACUCUGAAUCAAUUGCUGAAUUUCAAAAGAAUCAAGGUGGUGAUAGAUUGGAAGAAUUUAAUCGUUUGAUCCAGGUGUCUAAUGCGGAAUUAGCAGUAAGUGAUGGACCAAAAUUAUCUGAAGAUGACAAAUUCGGUGAACUGGCUGAAAUGGUUUACUCUGAAUACUCAGGUAGAUUCUGGAAACCACUUGUUAGUGUCGGCGAUGAAGUGAAGGAACUGCAAGGACUUGUUGUUGUGGAAGCCAUGAAGACUGAAAUGGUAGUUGUUUCACCAAAGGCCGGUAAGGUUGUCAAGAUUUUCCACAAGAAUGGUGACAUGGUUGACGCGGGAGACCUUGUGGUUGUUAUCGAGUAGAUUCU